CCAUUUUUUUUUUUUUUCGUUAACAGCCUGUAAAAUUUGUCAAGCAAAACACAACGUUGGCUUGCUGAUAUUUUUGUAAUCAAAAAUCAAAAGAAAAAUUUAAAAGCAUCGGAAAACCCGGCAAUCGGCACAAAAACAGCACAACAGUCGCACAAUAAACAUUUCCCAGCCAGUAUUCAUUUAAGCGAAAUAUCGACGCACAGAGAAGAUGGAGAACAACGAGGCACCAGCACCUUCCGGUUCAAACAAUGACAACAACAAUGCCGCCCAGAAGCGUCUGCAGCAGACACAGGCCAAAGUGGACGAGGUUGUCGGCAUAAUGCGCGUCAAUGUCGAGAAGGUGCUCGAACGUGAUCAGAAACUAUCGGAGCUGGGCGAGCGCGCCGAUCAACUGGAACAGGGCGCCUCACAGUUCGAGCAGCAGGCCGGCAAGCUGAAGCGCAAGCAGUGGUGGGCCAACAUGAAAAUGAUGAUCAUACUGGGCGUCAUAGCUGUCGUCUUGCUCAUCAUUAUAAUCGUGUGCGCUUUACCUUCAAGCAGCAACAGCAGCAGCACUGACCACGCCACCCAAGCCGUUACGCAGGUGCCCCACUAAAACCGUCAAUGAAAAGGAAGCCCAAAAAAAAAAAGAAAAGAAAAUAAAAUUAAUGAACAGUCCCCGAAUGGGCACUGGUCUGUGGAGGGUCUGCUGCCUUUGUAUUGGCCUUAUGUGCAACAACAACAACAACGACAACAUUUACAACAACAAAACAUAUUAAUAAUUAUAAUACACAACACUUGAAGCUGUGUCUAAAACUUUAUACAUAAACUUUAAACAGAUUGUUAUUUAUAUUAAUCCUAAAUGUUAAUACAAACAUCAUUUUUCACAUACAAAUGUAUUGUAAACAAAUAUUCAAAACAACGCACAUGUCCGCUAUGUAAGUGUGUGUGUUUGUGUGAGUGUGCAUGUUGUCAGUCACUGACACGGCACAAAUUGAAAUUGAAGUGUAUUCGUUUUAGGCCAGCUAAGAUUAAAAGCCACUUGACACAUGUAUCAAACUAUAGCCAACAAGCGCACUCACACAUCCAAUCAGCACUGGCACUGGCACAGGCACAUUUUUUGAUGUAUACAUUUUUGUAUUUACACUUAUAUGAAAUGGUAUGUAAUUGAUAUGAAUUCGUUAUUAUUGUACUCGUAAUACAACGUACGUUUGCCAAAAAGAAACGCGAACAUUUUGUAGAAAA